GGGCAAUCCCCGACCUCCACGAUACAAAUGAUCUCAGCAUGCUUAGUAAUAUUUAAUCUGGAUGACUGUCCCGGCCUUCAAUAUACCCAGUUUUUAUGAUUCCUUGUAUUAUCCACUGAUGGGCUAUCACUGCGAUAUUUUUGCCAUGUUAAUUACUUUCUGUCGUGGUUACAACGGACCCUUGCAGUUCAAUCUACCUUCGUCGAGAGUGCUGCCAUCCGGUACACCUGGCACAGGAUAACAUCUCACAUGCUCACUUUAAGGAUGGACACAUUCCCACUCCAUCAAUCUCUGGCUUCACACGAUGUGAAUGUGCUCAAAAUGCUGCGUAACCACGUGACAGCAUGCGACUGCGAUCUAUCUUGCUGUCAACUCCUGUUGCCACAUAUUAUACUCCUGAUCGCGGAAGACCGCAAUUAUGACACAGACAGCAACCCACCCGACCCGUAUCCGUCAUCCACAAGUUCAGGACCCUUAUGCGAACUUCACACUCUAUCUGUCACGGGUACAGCUGGAACUCCUUCGCCAAGCAAGAUUUCGCCACCGUUUUCAGAACAGGCACUAUCUGAUAUCAUGUUCAACUUCGGGCUGCCGCUCCGCGUAGUGAGGUGUGUCGUACUCUCAAAGGACUGUGACCGCAACAGAGACGGGUUCGAACACACUAAGCUGGAACGGGGAGAGGUAAAGUUGUUUCUCAUUCCUGUCAUUUCUUCCAUGGCAGGUAGAGGAUCGAGAUGAAACUUGAGUUCGGGCAGUUUGGCCUGUGGUGACCAGAAGACGUCAGGUCCAGCUGUUUUGGCUUGCGUCGGCUUGCACGGUUCGCGCACGAUAUCCUUUCUCACGAGAACAGAGUUGUCCAGCGAAGAUGAGACCACGUUGUAGGGAUCGCGAUUAGAUGAAACUAGGAGUUAAGAGGUGUGGAUAAAGCUUAGUCCCUCGAGUUUAAUUAUACUAGUCUCCGACAAGACCUUACCUUGCUCCUGAUCAACGAUGGCACGACGAUGAAACAUCCGCCAUGUCCAGAACAUACACGAGAGUGCGAGGAUAAAAAUAGUACUGAUAACAUGAUUGUAACGAUGUCUCCAAU